GUCAGAACUGGAAAAGGAAGGUCCUCCCCCUGUGUUUGCAAGCUACUGCUUUUCUCUCCUUUCACCCUCCCUCCCUCUCUCGCUUUUGGCAUCCCCCAUCCCCCACUCUGUCUGUGAACGCUUGUGUUUCCAACGCUGCUUGCAACCCGAAAUCGCCAGAGCACAGCGAGCCGGAGGAGGAAACCGCCAGUUUUACGCAAAAGAGGAAAAUACUUUGAAAUAUAACUAACCUAAAUAGUCUGGAAACACGUAAAGGACCUAAUAAACACACAGCCAUUCGUCUUGAUUGAUUUGCAUAUCCAUUCCUCCUUCUCCUCCUUCAUUAGCCUCCCCUCUCCCCCACUGAAAGAGAAUGGCAAGCGGGCACCCCACUGACAAAUUCACUUUCUUGUACCAACCAGACAGCAGUCAGAACCUGAAGAGUAAGAAUAGACUGUCUUCCACUAUGAACCCCGUUUAUAGUCCCGUGCAACCCGGGACGCCCUAUGGAAAUCCCAAGAAUAUGGCAUACACCGGCUACCCAUCUGGCUACCCCACCACAGCUCCGACCUACACACCUAACCUCUAUCAGACGGGCAGUCCAGGCUACCCACCAGUGCUGCUGGUGAAGCAGAGCUGGCCCCAGACACCCUCGGGCCCCGGGGCCAAUGACGGCACCUAUGACCUGGCCGUGGACGCCGGCUCUGAGACCAGGCAGUACCAGGCCUCGUCUGCAGCAUUCAGAUACACCGCUGGGACGCCCUACAAAGUGCCCCCCACCCAAACCAAUGGAGCCCCCCCACCUUACUCUCCAUCCCCCAACCCCUACCCAGCUGCCAUGUACCCAAUCAGAAGUGCCUUUCCCCAGCAGAACCUCUAUGCUCAGGGUGCGUACUACACACAGCCUGUGUAUGCCGCCCAGCCCCAUGUAAUCCACCACACCACGGUGGUGCAGCCCAACAGCAUCCCCUCUGCCAUCUACCCCGCGCCCGUCCCUGCCCCGCGGUCCAACGGGGUGGCCAUGGGCAUGGUGGCUGGCACCACUAUGGCCAUGUCUGCAGGCACUCUGCUCACCACUCCACAGCACACCCCUAUAGGAGCACAUCCUGUCACCGUGCCAACAUACAGGCCCCAAGGAACCCCUGGCUACAGCUACGUGCCCCCUCACUGGUAGAGCUCAUCUGCCACAUCAUAUCUGGAGUCCAAACAUCGUAUGCAACUACUCAAGUCUUACAUGGGCGCUCCGUGAUCACCAUGGAAACGCCACGUCUGUUUGCAAGAACAAAAGAAAAAAAAAGUGCAAGGGUCACUUUAUGCAUUCUUGAGUGUUUUUGUAAAAGCUGCUUUUUUAUUUUUCAUUUUUUAUUUAAAGUCUUUUUUUUUGUUUCUGAACAUUUUUUUUUCUUUUGUUUGCCUAUCAGUUGUUGCAAUUUAUUUUUUUACAGUCGCCAACAUUAUUUCCAGACAAACUCCAGAAUGAUUUCGACCAACCACAUCUUUUAAGUGAUCUGUUUAUGUUCCGUAAUGACGCUUGUGUGUAGGUGUGUGCUACAGCGCGCAAUGUCAUCACCAUUAUGGUCGUCAUAAUCAUGAUCUUAUGCUGCCAAAUUUUCUAACUUUUAGAUAUUAGCACAGGUUUUUUAUUUAUUUUCAGUUUUGUUUUGUUGCCCCAUCACUCUCUCUGAGUGGUCGGCCGGAAACGGUUGAGGACUUUUUUUUUCUUUUCUUUUUUUUGAAACCGGUUUUUAUUUACGUGAAGUUUUUUAUUUUCCCUUCAAAUUUCUGUUCAUCUUCCAGUACCGAUAACAAGGGUGUCUUCCAGCUUGUAGCUGUUUAUUAGGUAGAUUUGUAUUGAAUAUAUUCGCUGUCUGGCAGUGCAAAACGUGGUUUUCAAUUUCAUUAGGUAUCGGAAUAACUUAGUUUACACCGAGUAGAGAGCAUUUUUGAGUAAGCCAGUUUGUUUAUUAGUCAGCUUCUAAAUUAUAAUGCGUAUAUAUAUUUAUAAUAGGUGUGUGCAUGUGUGUGCUCAUGCCACGCACGCAAAUUGCACGUAGGCACAUUCAUGAUAAAAAAAACACACACGCCCCCCCCCCACUCCCAGUCGCGCUACACACUCUUCACACAUAGCAUAAACCAUGUGUGUGUACGAGUGCACAGCGGGCUCAAGGGUUGAACAUUAAGCAGGAUCUCUGUGUGUGCAAGUAAGUGUGUGUGUGUGUGUGUGUGUGUGUGUGUGUGUGUGUGUGUGUGUGUGUGUGUGUGUGUGUGUGUGUGUGUGUGUGUGUGUGUGUGUGUGUGUGUGUGUGUGUGUGUGUGUGUGUGUACGUGCGUGGCACUUAACUGGACUUUCAGGUCUGAUGUCAAUCUAAUAAUCAAAAAAAAAAGUGAAUCUAAAAUGAGUGCCAAGGCCCGCGAGGACACAUAAGGGGACAUGUUGUAAAAUGGAGGACGGGACAUUCAGGAAACGGAGAUGGAGAUGAGGACUUAAAGGGAUGCCAGUGGAGGAUGAGGUGAGGUGAGGUGGGGAGAGAUACAGUGGAUUUAGAUUUAGAGCCGAUUCGUCAGAAUAGGCAACAGCUAAGGCAUGGCCAUGGCAAAGGUGGGCAUUAGAUGGGGUGGGUUGGUGGUUACUGACUGAGGUUUUUUACCCAAGACCCCCCUUGUCCAAGUCCCAGCUCUUGUCCAGCCAGCCUUGCUGAAUAAUAAGCGGGUACAACAUUGGGGUGCAUUUCUCAAAAGGGAAGUUGUUAGCCUGUUAGCAACUUCGGUAGUUGCCAAUGGGAAAAUGCAUUGAAAGCAACAAAGUAGCUAAUGUAGUAAGCAACUUUGGUUUCGAGAAAUUCCCCCCUGACCUGGGUCCUCUGUGGGAUAGAUAGGAUAGGUGGCGGGUUUAAUGGGUUGGGGGUUUUGUUGCACAGGAUGAAAAUGUGUAGCGGCUGAGAUCAAAACCAGUUCUUUAAAUGCAAUAAUAAAGAAAGCCUGCCUUACUGGCCCAGAACAGUAACGAUGUUUUGUAAAAGAAGAAAAGAAAAAAAGCAGAAAAGAGGGCAGAGAGAAAGAGAGAGAGACAGAAGGACAAAGGAGAGUAAUUUCUGUGAACUAUUACAGAAUAUCCCAGUAGUCUACCAUAAAUAUACCCAGAAAUGACUAUAGUACAGUACAUAUCAUAAUAACCUUAUUCAAUAUGUGUGAAGAAGCAUUGCACAAUGACAAAUAAGACAAUAAGUUCAUACAGUACAUAGGUACAAGGUACAUGAUUUUAUUUAACGAAAUGUUAAGGAGAAAAAAAAUGAACAACUCUUUAGAACGGUACCCUUUAGUCACAAUAACGUGUUUGUAAGUAAUUCUCAGCGGACAGCAUUAAGUAUACUUUUUAAUCAUUAAGGCGAAAUUAACCACUAUUUCAAUAUCUCGAGCUCAAGACAGGUGAUGUUUUAAGUGGAGUAGCCUAGGCGUAUACAAGUGAACCAUAUUUGUCUGUAACAUUGCAUGGGUCAUGCAAAAAAGAAUGCAGUAUAUAUAUACGUAUACUCACAAAGAGCAGCUAUGUGCGCUCUUGCAAAGCAUGGUUGCAUCAAGUUGGACUGCAGCUUUGGGUUGUGCUGUCAAAAAACUCUUUCCCAAGCAAUCACAUUCCCCUUCUGAUGGUUUCAGAGAAGGCUGGCAGGAGAGUGUGUCAAAGUAUUGUGAAGAGGCAGAGGUCCAAUUUUAAGGAGUAUGUAAUGUUUUAUUUUAAAAAGAGACAUUCCUACUAAAUGGGAGCACUCUCUGUCACAAGAAAAUGGCAUUCCAGUAGUGUGAGAGAAAAUAAUGCAGCACGGUUUGACGAGUUGGCUUCUAUUGUUUGGGUGUUUGAAUCGGAAAUGAUUCAGACCCACUUUGGUAAUCUUCAAGAUUUGUACCUGGAGACGUGCACUCCAGCCCAGUAGAAACCCUGACUACGCAUCAUCCACCUCUGUAUUCCUCUUUGCCUGAACUUCUUUGACAUCCUCUCUCGCCUGUUCCUCUCAAACUUUUGGGGCGGUUAAAACAAGACACUACAGAAAAAAAUAAGCGUUUGCCUCUCAAAUCAGUAUUAGAGGGAGCACUCACAAGUGUUUAGCGUAUCUUUGCUACUCGUUAAUUUGUAACACCGAGACUUGAACAAUGCAAUGUGGCGUCGAUAGAUCCUCCGGCCUAGUGGCAAAUGCAGGGAAGUAGCAGGAUAUUUUAUCCUGGUGAUUCACAGUGGAUUUCAGGCUGCUAGGGAUGCAUCCUAGGAUUUGGCAAUUAUCAAAUAUAUAUUUUAUGCUCAGAGCUGAGAUAAGAGAUAAACACAACAACAACAAAAAAAUACUUUUCAAGCGAAUAAACAGGUUGGUUUUAAAAUUUGAGAGGAAAAUAACCUAGGAUUUGGAGAUGUCCAUUCAGACAUGUGAUUUAAGCGCUUUUUACCAUAAGUGUUAUUUAAGGUUUUACUGAUGAUUGAUGUUUAUUAUUCUUAAAUAGAGGAUCUUUAUGGUUGAGCUGAAGUGUGGUGCGUCUGUGCGGUCCGUGGGCAUUUCAGAGCACAAGUCUAAAAGGGGUUCUCUUUCUCAUUCACUAGAAUCUUUCUUUGCCAAUUUUCUCAGUACACUUCGAGGUACCUUCAAGAACCCUGAGUUGGCAUUGUAGUUAACCCUUAAAGGCUCUGUGAGGAACCUGUAGGUGCUUGGAAGAACACUAAGGUUUUCUAGAAGGUUCCUCAAAGGACCUUUAGGUUCGUUCACAGCACACACAAACUGAAGAACGCCUAAAGGAACUUUGAGGAACCAUUUGAUUGCCACUGUAGAAGAACCCCCAAAGAGUUCUAUUUGGAACUUUAGGGGUCUUCUAAGAACUUUUAGAUUCUUCAGAUAACCUUUGUGGUUCCUCAGGUAACCUUUAGGUUCCCCACAAACCAGCUGAGGGGUCUUUGAGGAUCCUUCAAAUGAUUUUAGUGUACCCCUGUAAAGUGUAAGUUGGAGAAAGAGGCAACCAUCAUGCUUCUAUUACUAAACAUAAUGUAAGGGACUUCUUAUUAUUAACUCUAUAUCUGCAGCAAGACAAUGUUUAUCCAUAAUUAUAUAAACUCCAGUCAUUUAAAUGAAAAAAAAAACAGUGUAGGAGAGAUCUGAAAUUCAAAAUCUGCUAUUCUAAUCAGCCCUGUCUGUGGCUGAACGUAUUAGAAUCAGAGUCCAUUUGCUGUGUUCAUUAGCUCAUUUCCUAAAUUGAGAACGGAUAUCUGGUCCAGAUCUGAAUAUGGGGUCUGGCCAGCCAUGCACUCAUACAUAUUUCAGUAUGACGGCGGAGAAGAUUAACAAGCCAAGAUGCCAUAAACAAAAUCUCGAAAACUUGGCCAGGCAUGGGUCAGAUAUUGAUUGUUGUUGGCAAGAAACCCAGGAUAGGAUGGAGGCAUACAGUAUAGCGGUGCAUUUUCUGUUGACAGAGAGCUAAAGUUUUGCUAGUUAUUUUUCUUCUUCUCUUUUUGUUGUUUACCCUAUUUCUUGUUUGCAUAACACAUUCCAUGCCAUGUUAGAAUCGGAAAUGAACACAAUUGAACGUGGUGAAACAUUGUAUGCUUUGUUGAAAUCAGAGGGACAUACAUACAUUGUGGUCAGAGGGUGGCAAGGCAGUGUGUGGUAGCAUAAGGAGCUAUUCUAUAUCCAAUCGCUGAUCAGAUUGAUAUGCCCCAAUUGGUAAUACUGCAACAGUCUGAUUUAAAAAUCACGAGGUCACAUAUUACAAAGCAGCAUUGUGUGGACUUUAUCUGGCUUGACUCCACAUGUAGUCCAAAUGUAAAAAAAAAAAGGUCCCAAACCUAAGGUUGUAAACUGUAGGCAAAACAUUACUGAGGGAAACAGUAUGUUCAUUAUUAUAGGAUAUUAAUUUCAACGUGUAGGAAAAAAAAAGAAAAUGUGAAACACUAAUUGUAACGUAAGAGUCCUUGUCUUCCAAGAAAUCUCCUGAGCAUUUAUAGGGACCUCUCCCCCACCCCCCAAGAAGAAACUGUAACCCAACUGACACUGUGUUCUGGUAAUGUUCCUACAAUGUUGUGGUUCAAUCUGGGCAUGUUUUUCACCAAUGUUUUGAGAACUGUCGAAUGUCCAGUUUCAGCUAAUGGUCUUGUGGAGCAGGGAGAGAGAGAGUGGGAGACCCAUGUCAGGCUUGUGAUAUGAAGUGUAAAUCUGUUUUGGUUUUUUUUUAAUGUUUUUGUUUCAUUUUUUGUUUUAUUUUUUGAGGAUCAGUUAGUGAUCCCUGUGACAUAAUUAAGCCAAGUUUGUAAUUGUAUAAUAUUUACUGUAAGAUGUAGAACAUUCAAUAACUAUUAAAAUCUUUCCCA